CGCAGUCAUGGCGGUGUCGUGGAGCCGCGGAGAUGGAGUAAACAGCGCCGACUCCACAUCGUGAUUUCUUUUUUCUUUUCUUUUCUUUUCCUUUCUUUAAGUUGUAUGCUGGGCGUUACCUGUUCUUUGAGAUAAUCCCAGAGUCCUGCGGGCUGCCGCGCUUCCCAGUAUGAGCGACCGCGGCUCGGAUCUGUCGGCUCUGCCUAAAGAGGUCAGGGACCAGCUGGCGGAGUUGGACCUGGAGCUGUCCGAAGGUGACAUCACACAGAAGGGCUAUGAGAAGAAAAGAACCAAACUCCUGGCUCCCUUCAUAAUCCAGCCUCCAGUGGCGCCUCCUCACAAUGACGUCCAGCCUCCUGUUGCUCCCAGUUCCUCCAGCCACGCCCCUCCUCCUGCCAGCUCAUCCCGGUAUCGUGAACGUCGCUCCCGCAGAACACAUCGGACUGGGGGAACCAGGGAUGACCGCUACAGAUCAGAUAUCCACUCUGAGGCGGUACAAGCUGCCCUGGCUAAACAUAAAGAGGAAAAAAUGGCCCUUCCCAUGCCUACCAAACGGAGGUCCACUUGUGUGCAGAGUCCCAUCGAAACUCGCACGCCACCAGACUCCUCAUCGGGUUCUGAAGAUGAAUCGUCAACACGUAGACAAUCUUCAGGGCUCGCUCCUCCUGUGGUCAACCCCAGCUUGCAGAGCCCAGACUCGUGGAUCAGCCGCACCGCCCAGGGAUCCUCCACCUCCUCCUCAGCCUCCUCCACAUUGUCCCACGGAGAGGCGAAACCACAUCCCCAAGCUCAGCCCCAGCCUCAGUACAAGCCUCAGUACCAGCCUCUGUAUCAGCCUCAGCUGCAGCCUCAGCACCCGCCGCACGAGCAGAGCCGCACUGCAGCAGUGACGGACAUGCUGGCUCACAGUCGCAUUGCCCCUGCGCAGAACAUGCACCCCCCACCUGAUGUGACCGCGGUGGCCCCUCCAUCCAGAGGCCCGCGGGUGGACCUGCCCUCCAACGCCACCGUCCGAGGGAUGAGCAAAGGGCAGGCCCGCUCAAGCAUGAUGGAGACGGCAGACGGAAGAAGUAAUAUGCAGAGAGUUCCUGUGAGCAGCCGAGUGUCCACAAAGAUCCAGCAGCUGCUCAACACUUUGAAGAGGCCUAAGAGGCCCCCGCUCAGCGACUUCUUCACCGAUGACUCCGAGGAGAUCGUCCAAGUGCCCCAACCAGACCCCAACACGCCCAGGCCGGAGGGCCGACAGAUCAUCCCCGUGAAAGGGGAGCCUCUGGGAGUCGUCAGCAACUGGCCCCCGGCCUUGCAGGCAGCACUGGCUCGCUGGGGGGCCACUCAGGGGAAGAGCCCGGCUCUCACUGCUCUGGACAUCACGGGCAAGCCAAUGUACACGCUGACUUAUGGGAAACUGUGGAGUCGCAGUGUGAAGCUGGCGUACACGCUCCUGAACAAGUUAGGCAACAAGAACGAGCAAAUCCUAAAACCGGGAGACAGGGUGGCGCUUGUGUACCCUAACAGUGACCCUGGGAUGUUCUGGGUGGCCUUCUAUGGCUGCCUCCUGGCUGAAGUUAUCCCUGUACCUAUUGAGGUGCCACUGUCUCGCAAGGAUGCAGGAAUCAGCCAGGUGGGCUUCCUGCUCGGCAGCUGUGGCGUUGGUCUCGCUCUGACCAGUGAGAUUUGCUUGAAGGGUCUCCCCAAAACCCCCACUGGUGAAAUACUGCAGUUCAAAGGCUGGCCUCGACUAAAGUGGGUGAUAACAGACUCAAAGUACCUGACCAAGCCGUCUAAAGACUGGCAGCCACACAUCCCCACUGCGAACACUGACCCUUCAUAUAUAGAGUACAAGGCGAGCAAAGAUGGCACGGUAGUGGGUGUGGCAGUGUCUAAAGUGGCCAUGUUGACCCACUGUCAAGCACUAACUCAGGCCUGCAACUAUUGCGAGGGAGAAACUUUAGUAAAUGUCCUGGACUUCAAAAAGGAUAUGGGCUUGUGGCAUGGAGUUCUCACGGCUGUAAUGAACAGGAUACACACUAUCAGUGUUCCUUAUGCAGUAAUGAAAGCUUGUCCUCUCUCCUGGGUACAGAGAGUCCACAUCCAUAAAGCUCGUGCUGCUUUAGUGAAGUGCCGUGAUCUGCACUGGGCCAUGAUGGCUCAUCGGGACCAGAGAGAUAUCAGCCUGGCUUCAUUACGAAUGCUCAUUGUUGCUGAUGGUGCUAAUCCCUGGUCAGUCUCUUCCUGCGAUGCCUUCCUGAAUGUGUUUCAGUCUCACGGGCUGAAGCCUGAAGUUAUUUGUCCCUGUGCCACCUCUCCUGAGGCCAUGACGGUAGCGUUACGCAGAGCGGGAGUCCCGGGUGCACCCCUCCCGGCCCGUGCCAUCCUUUCUAUGGGUGGCCUGAGUCACGGUGUCAUCAGGGUUAAUACGGAGGACAAGAACUCUGCUCUGACUGUGCAGGAUGUGGGACACGUCAUGCCUGGAGCUCUGAUGUGUAUAGUUAAGCCAGAUGGGCCUCCUCAGCUGUGUAAAACAGACGAGAUAGGAGAGAUAAUAAUCAACUCCCGGGCCGGAGGCACCAUGUACUACGGUCUUCCUGGACGCACUAAAAACACCUUUGAGGUGAUACCAGUUAAUGCAAAUGGCGUUCCCAUUGGAGAGAUUCCAUUUGUGCGCUCGGGACUCCUGGGGUUUGUUGGCCCAGGCAGUCUGAUCUUUGUGGUGGGGAAGAUUGAGGGUCUGCUGAUGGUGAGCGGCAGGAGACACAACGCUGAUGACUUGGUGGCCACUGCUCUGGCCGUGGAGCCAGUCAAGACUGUGUACCGUGGGAGGAUCGCCGUUUUUUCAAUCACAGUGUUUUACGAUGAGAGGGUAGCAAUUGUGGCAGAGCAGAGGCCGGAUGCCAGCGAAGAAGACAGCUUCCAGUGGAUGAGCCGGGUGCUUCAGGCUAUUGAUAGCAUCCACCAGGUAGGCCUCUACUGUCUGGCUCUGGUCCCAGCCAACACCUUACCCAAAACACCCCUGGGUGGCAUCCACACCUCUGACACCAAACAGUACUUCCUAGAAGGCAACCUGCACCCCUGCAAUAUCCUAAUGUGUCCCCACACCUGCGUCACCAACCUGCCCAAGCCCCGCCAGAAACAGCCAGUGGGCGUGGGCCCUGCGUCCGUCAUGGUCGGCAACCUGGUAGCAGGAAAGCGGAUCGCCCAGGCUGCAGGGAGAGACCUCGGCAUGAUCGAAGACCAGGAUCUUGUCCGGAAGCUGUGUAUGUGGCCCACUGUGAUGCAUCAGUAUUUGACAGAAGCUUUACAGUGGAGGGCCCAAACUGAUCCAGACCACGUCCUCUACGUUCUUCUAAAUGCAAAGGGUGUAACAGUAGGCACAGCAACGUGCGUCCAGCUUCACAAGCGUGCGGAGAAGAUCGCUGCAGCGCUGAUGGAGAAAGGCAGCAUCAACACUGGGGAGAAUGUAGUGCUGCUGUAUCCUCCCGGUAUUGAUCUGAUUGCAGCCUUCUACGGGUGUCUCUACGCUGGCUGUGUUCCCGUAAACGUUAGGCCUCCACACCUUCAGAACCUGGCAGCUACGCUGCCUACUGUCCGGAUGAUUAUCGAUGUAAGUAAAGCUGCAUGUAUCCUGACAACACAAAACCUCAUGAGGAUCCUUCGCUCUAAAGAGGCUGCAGCCUCCGUCAACAUUAAAACUUGGCCCACAAUCAUUGACACAGAUGACCUUCCUCGCCGCCGGCCUCCCCACGUCUACAAGCCACCCACAGCAGAGAUGAUAGCUUAUCUAGACUUCAGUGUGUCUACUACAGGAAUGCUCACUGGGGUCAAGAUCUCUCAUGCAGCAGUCAGUGCACUUUGUCGCUCCGUAAAGCUUCAGUGUGAGCUUUACUCAUCACGCCAAAUAGCCAUUUGUCUGGAUCCGUACUGCGGUCUGGGCUUUGUCUUGUGGUGCCUCGCAAGCGUUUACUCAGGUCACCAAUCCAUCCUGAUUCCUCCGUUUGAGCUGGAGAGCUGCCUGUCUCUGUGGCUGAGCACGCUCAGUCAGUACCGCAUCAGAGACACCUUCUGCUCCUACUCUGUCAUGGAGCUCUGUACCAAAGGACUUGGUACUCAGACUGAGUUACUCAAGGCCCGCGGUGUCAACCUGUCCUGUGUGCGGAGCUGUGUGGUGAUAGCAGAGGAACGCCCUCGCCUCGCACUCACACAGUCCUUCUCCAAGCUGUUUAAGGAUAUUGGACUGUCGUCCAGGGCCGUCAGCACUGCUUUUGGCUCCAGGGUUAACCUGGCCGUCUGUCUGCAGGGUACAUCUGGCCCUGAUCCCUGUACAGUGUAUGUGGAUAUGAAAUCUCUUCGCCACGACAGAGUGCGGCUGGUGGAGAGAGGAGCGCCUCAGAGUCUUCCUCUCAUGGAGUCUGGCAAGAUAUUGCCAGGUGUUAGGGUGAUCAUUGUUAAUCCAGAGACCCGAGGCCCACUCGGUGAUUCUCAUCUUGGAGAGAUCUGGGUGAACAGCCCUCACAAUGCCAGUGGUUAUUACACCAUCUAUGGAGAGGAGGGGCUUCAGGCUGACCACUUCAACACCAAGCUCAGCUUCGGAGACCCGCACACUUUAUGGGCCAGAACUGGAUACUUGGGUUUUGUAAAAAGAACUGAGCUUUUGGAUGCAAGUGGGGAUCGGCAUGACGCUAUGUUUGUUGUGGGCGCACUGGACGAGACACUGGAGCUGCGAGGGCUGCGUUACCACCCCACUGACAUUGAAACAUCAGUUUCACGGGCUCACAGAAGUAUUGCUGAGAGUGCUGUGUUUACAUGGACCAACCUGCUGGUGGUGGUGUCAGAGCUCUGUGGUUCUGAGCAGGACGCGCUGGACCUAGUACCUCUGAUAACCAACGUAGUCCUGGAGGAGCACCACCUCAUCGUGGGUGUGGUGGUUAUUGUUGACCCUGGGGUCAUACCCAUUAACUCCAGAGGAGAGAAGCAACGCAUGCACCUUCGUGACUCAUUCCUCGCUGACCAGCUGGAUCCUAUCUAUGUUGCGUACAACAUGUGAGCGCUCGUGGUGGUCUGGGUUCGCUGGGCCCCCGUCCACACUGUCUUCUGCAACACCAUCUCGACGUCUGGCUUGGCAGCAGGUGUAAAGCAAACGCAUGAACCACAUGUACUGACUGUGUGACACCAGCAUCUUGGCCACUGCAUGUCUGUGAUUGGAUCUGGAGUUAUUCACUGUGUUUUUAUAUAAAGUUAAACAUGUUACAAAUGGGACAGCAGUAACGCGUACUGCAAAACUUAACGAAAGAAAAGUCCCCAAUGCACUUUUUUGGAGGAACGGCAAAAUAAUACAACAAAUCCACUUUAUAAAAUACUGUAGUACUGUCUCAGUGAAGAGCUGUCCUCUAAUUUUAUAAUCACUGCAAACACUUGUCCUUUUGUUUCUGCACAGAGCUAAUAAACCUAAAUAAACAACUUGAAAUAUUUUUACAUGCAGCUUUCAAUCAAGUGCACAUAAACACACUUGCUAAGCCCUUGUCAUUUUUUAAAAAUAUUAUAGAUAAAUGAGAGGACAAACAAUAAAAAAAUCAGUCUUUCUCAGUCAGUGUGCAUUCUUAUAAAGCUUAUUUUAUCCCCUGAUAAUGAAGCCAAAUAGAUUUUCCUGCUCUAAUAUAAUUCCUGCCUUAUAAAACUUCAGCCAUACAUUCCUAUCUUAACUUUUAUUGCAUUUACCAUUAGAGGCUGUGUGUUGACUAGUUGAGGAAAUUUUGACAGAUAUCCCAAAUGAUCAAUAUAAAAGAGGAAAGAGGCCAUAUUCUGUACAGUAACUUCAAGGGUCUGUUUGUAUUUUAGAUACUAUGCGUUACUGUAAAGAUAUUUCUAAUUGUAUAAAUGUACAAAUGCUUGACUCGCCCCCCUCAGCUGGUAGAUUCUGCAUGAAAAGCCUGGUUGAAAGACUGUAAUAGUAGCAAAAAGAAGACUGUAAAUACGAUUAAUGGGUGAAAGGAGUUUUGAUGUAUGAGACCA